GGACUCCCCCAGAAACAACCCCUUUUAAAUCACACCCACUUCCUUUUUCCUCACCCUUCGAUUGAACCAUUCACUAUGGUCAAGAUUCAAACCGCAUCAAGUCAUUGCAUCAGACGGUAAAAACGAGGGUUGUAAAUCAUGCAACGUGAGCGUGAGUGACACCUUGAGAAUCCCCUACAAAUUAUCCAACCUUUUCAGUUUCCAUUCAGAUAUUUUUGUUUUUUCAAAUUUCACUGAUCCAGCUAGCACAGUUUUACAGAGAGCAACAAACAAAGCAACUACAAAAUUUAUGCAGCUUUAGAUCAAUGUCUUUCUCUCUCUCUCUAUCUGUCUCUUCCAUGGAAUGGUAGAUUUGAGGUGAAGACGUUCCACAUUGGUCAGGUCCCGAUCUCACGAUGGGGAAGUCACCAGGAAAAUGGAUCAAAACUGUACUGUUCGGGAAAAAGUCAUCUAAAUCAAAUAUUUCAAAAGGCAGAGAGAAGCUUGUUAAUCAAAAAGGAGUAGUAGUUACCUCCAAGGUGCCAGAAACUGGUUUGGCUUUAGAACCAACCUCCGAUACUAUUGCCAGACAUGAGGAAGAUCCAGAGCUGGAAAAUAAAGAAGCAGAAAAUGUUUUACCCGGGAAUCAAGAAAUAGACACAGUGGGAUCAAUUAAUGAAGAUGCUGCACUAGAUCCAGAGAAAAUGAGGCUGGAGGAAGCAGCUACAAAGGCACAAGCUGCUUUCAGGGGUUAUUUGGCUCGGAGAGCAUUUAGGGCUCUAAAAGGAAUAAUAAGGUUGCAAGCACUCAUCCGUGGGCACUUGGUUAGGAGACAAGCUGUUGUUACAUUAUGCUCAAUGUAUGGUAUUGUCAAGUUUCAAGCACUUGUUCGUGGAGGAAUAGUUAGACAGUCUAAUGUUGGAUCUGAAAUCCAUGAGAAGUCCAAUAUAUUGAACCCUCUGGAUGGCAAGCUUGUCAAGCCAAAUGCUAUGUUCACGAAAAUUACCAAGCUGUCUGCAAAUGCUUUCAUUCGGAAGCUUCUUACUUCGUCAACUACAAUAAUGGCGCUGCGGUUGCAAUAUGUUCCCGGCGAUCCAAAUUCAGUCCUAAGUUGGUUGGAGCGCUGGUCAGCAUCUCACUUUUGGAAACCAGUUCCCCAACCCAAGAAAAUUCGAGAUACUAAGUCUCAGAGAAAGCAUGGCAAUAUUUCAGUUGGAGAUACUCAUGUGAGCAAGUCAAAACGAAUCAACAGGAAGCUUCCUACUGCAAGUUUUGACUCGGUCCCAGUGCAAGCAAAUCCUGAAUUUGAAAAACCAAAACGAAACACAAGGAAAAUUUCAAACCAAUCCUCAGAUCCUCAUGUGCAGGAAAACCCACAAAGUGAGCUUGAAAAGAUUAAACGUAACUUGAGAAAGGUUUAUAACCCAGUUGUUGAGAAUGCUGUUCCGUCAGAAGUUGAAUCCGAAAUGCCAAAGGAUCAUUUGGAAAAGGUAACAGUUACCUCAUGCCUUGCUGUUUCAGAGCAAGAGGUCAUUAGUUCUAAUGAGAAGAUCAAGAAGGAAGCAAUAUUAACUGUUUCCAGUGUGCCAGAUAUAGAAACUACUCCAAGACUUUCAGUUAGUAAGGAGGUGUCUGACACACCAAGCAGUUAUCAAGUGACUGUGGAAUCAAAACCAUUGACUGAGAUUACAACUAAAGAUAAAAACAUUUCUGUUUCUGACGAAGUAAAAAAUGAGCCCAUAGAUUUACCAGAGCCUAUUUGUAAAGAUGAAAAUUCUCACUUAACAAAUGGAGAUUUGAGUCACAAGGAAGAUCAAAUAGGCAGUGAAAACCAGAAACCAAACCAAAAAGCCUCAAUUGUAGCAAAGCAGGAACGUGCAGAGAAUGGUAUACAGAAUAGUCCAACAUUACCGAGUUACAUGGCAGCAACUGAAUCUGCAAAGGCAAAGUUGAGGGCACAAGGAUCCCCAAGAUUUGGACAGGAUGGAAGUGAAAGAAACAACCAUACUCGGCGACAUUCUCUGCCAUCCUCAACUAACAGCAAAAUUAAUUCACCUUCACCUAGGACACAGAGACCAGUUCAAUCAGGUGGCAAAGGUGGCCACAGAAGUGACAGAACUGUAUCAUCUUCUAGAGAUGGGAAUGGAAAGGUAAUUCAAGCAGAGUGGAGGCGGUAAUUUGAGGAAGGCCGAUGUUCUGGAGGAACAUGAGGAGGGCGAAACCGUGUGUGGUUUAUAUGUAUCUUUGAUGAGAAUUGUUGAAUGGAUAGGACUAUAGGUGUGCUUGAAUUCAGGUUAUUUCUUCAUUUGCUGCAUUUUGGGCUUUGAGGGUGAUUUGUACAUUAUAGGUUUCUAGUUUUGCAUGAUGCAACUAUAACUAAAUUUAAUUAUGUUUUAAGCAUGAUUUCUGAGCUGUCCAUAUUAUGCAUUGUUUUUCGUA